UAGCUUAGAAUCUAUAGUGAUCUGUGGUUAGAAUUGUAGUUGUAUCUCGUAAAAUAAAUUUAAAAAAUCUAUUGUUGUGUUCAAUAUUGUAAUUAUUAUUGUUUUCUUGCAAUUUAUCCAAGUAAAGUGAUUUAUAAAUUAAAAUGGCUUACGUGACAGGAGAUGGCACCGUGGUUGAACGGCACCCAUUUAGCUUUUUUGGCUGGUUUUGGGCAACUAUUGACUUCUGUUAUUUACUUUUCAGGACCAUGAUUGACCCCAAUUACAGUAAACAUGGAGAUAGAUAUGUAAGAGAUUUUCGUCCGCCUGGAAGUGGACCACCAAAACCACCAUCGCGUAAAUUCGGAGGAUUUGGACCUUCUGGCAGUGGACCUUCACCCCCCCCUAUGGGGGGCUGUGGGUGUGGCUAACUUGUGAAAGCACUGUCAUAAUGAUCUGAUAUUGUUAAGUCAGCCAUACUAACUUAACCAUAUCAAAUCAAUCAUUUUAAUAAUUCAUCAGAUAUCAAAUUUUGGUUUAUAUGAAACUUUUAAUUAAUUAUAUAAUAUUAUUUUUUUAAUAAUCUGAUAGUAUUUGUAAAACUUAUAGAGCUAAAUAUUAUAUUUAAAUGACAAAUAUAACAUUAUAACUAUAAUAUAAACCAAGUUGGCACAACUCAUAAUAUUAGUUAAUUAGUAAAAUAAAUAAAAAUUCCUUUCUUGUGACAACUUCAGGACAAAAGGUGUAUGACAUAAUUAACUAGGAUUUUUUUUCAAAGUUUAAAAAUCUAUAAUAUAACAUUAGCAUUAUCUCAGAAUAAGGAUUAAACAUAACACGUUUGGAUAUAUCUAAAUUAUAAUAGGUACAAUAUGGGUACAGUUACGCGAAAACGUUCUAAUCCAAAACUUGGACGAAACUGUGAUAUUAUUAUUGUUCCUUUUUUAUGCCCUGUAUUGGUUCUACUAUGGCCCAACAGUGCUCAAGUUAUACUUCCUUACGUUUAUUCUCACUUUGGUCGAUAACGUUCCAUAUGCUUUUAGACAAAAGUAAACGGUAUUACCAUCUAAAAAAAAUUGAAUUAACCGAUUCAUAAACAUUUUUUUUAUGAUAAUAUUGACGUUUAAAUAAUAUUUCAUGUCUAUCUGAAACAAUUAGGCGAAAGAGAGAGACGAAUAUCUUAGCAAUCAAUGGAUUCAUCUUGUGGGUGCCGGAUCCAUCGCGUGGCAGAGAGAAAGACUCCGAGCAGAGUCCUGAACUUGUGACGAAUGGAUGUAGGGUUGAGGAAUUCCUUGACAAUCGAGUUGUAGAGAGGCCAAAGACGUAGAAGCCGCCGUAGAUGAGAGGGGAUUACCAGCAUAGUAUCUCUAUAACUUUAAAUCUGCAGCAUUAUGUAGCCACAUUAGAUAUUCAUUUUUAUAUUGUGGUCCUUCGGAAUGUUAGUCUCCCACGGUACAGUAAGCUCUACAAGUACUAUUCGCUUAGUUUGUUCGGAAAAAGGAAAAUGUCUAGUCUAGAUCUCGAAAUAGUUACUACAUCCGCUGGGAUUUUAUGUUUUUCAUACAUAUCCAUUAAUAAAGUCCAGUCAGGUGCAGAAUCUAUGUUUGAAUAUAAUAAAUAACUUACUAGACAAAUUUGAUACCAGACGAAUUUUGACCAAAGUGAUACAUAAAGGCGUAACUGUCCAAAUAUCAAACGAUGAAAACUUUUUUGAAUUCAGUACCUAAGCAAACGUCGUCUAACUCGCACAUGCUUUAUGUAUAAUUGAUUUAUGUUGAUAAUAAAGAGUUGACGAAUCUAAGAAACAACCCAACUUGCAUGACUUGGACUAAAUACUCUAUACUAAUAACUAAAUAUAUGCGCUAGACACUAACGAGUCGAAAUUCUUAGAGGAUGUUGAGUGUUCAGUGUUUAUGUGCAUAAUAUAGUUAAAAUAUUUCAUUUGUUUUUGUAUUUUUGUGUGCAUUAUAAAAUAUUCUUCAUCUUUUCGCGACAUUUACAUACGUCCUAAAAGUGAUUUAUGGAUCUUAAUAUUAUAUUAAUUAUAAUAGUGGAUUAAUUUUUGAAUUUGUAAUUGAAUUUUAAUAUUUUUAUCACUAAUUUUAACAUAAAUUAUUAAAUAUUGUUAUCAAACCAAACCAAUUUAUGUAGAUAAGGUUAUAUAACUAAAUUUCUAUUACUUUCAUUAAUUUUAAAAUUGUAUUUUAAUUUUUAACGCUAAUAUACAUAAUAUAUAAUAAG